CUUUGUGGGCCACACUUCAGCCUAAGUCUUGCCCUUUGGUCUACGAUCUCAGCAAGGGACCCUAAGGAAGUCUACUAACAGGAGCUCAGGCGAGCCCCAGGUUCUACUUCUGGGGAAGAGGGUAGGCCACAAGGGUCUCUGUGGGCACUCAUCAUGGUGAGGAAUCUCGACAACCUGGACUUCCAACUGCCUUCACAUGCCCAAGACAUGCUGGACGGCCUUCAGCGUCUGCGUUCCCUGCCCAAGCUGGCCGAUGUCACACUCCUGGUUGGUAACCAGGAGCUGCCCUGCCACCGCAGCCUUCUGGCUCUGAGCAGCCCCUACUUCCACGCCAUGUUUGGCGGAGACUUUGCUGAGAGCUUUUCGGCCCGUGUGGAGCUGCGCGACGUAGAGCCGGUCGCGGUGGCACAGCUGGUGGACUUUGUGUACACAGGCCGGCUGACCAUCACCCAGAAUAAUGUGGAGGUGCUGACCCGUACCGCCUCGCGCCUUCACUUCCCCACUGUGCAGAAGGUCUGUGGCCGAUACCUCCAGCAGCAGUUAGACGCCACCAACUGCCUGGGCAUCUGCGAGUUUGGGGAGCAGCAGGGGCUGUUAGGCGUGGCGGCCAAAGCCUGGGCCUUCCUGAGGGAGAACUUCGAGGCGGUGGCCCAGGAGGAUGAGUUUUUGCAGCUGCCUAGAGACCGACUGGCCACCUGUCUGGCCAGUGACCUGCUGCAGGUACAACCGGAGCAGAGUCGGCUCGAGGCCCUGCUGCGCUGGGUGCGCCAUGACCCCCAGGACCGGUCUGCCCAUCUGCCCGAACUCCUUAGCCUGGUGCAUCUGGAUGCUGUCCCGAGGCCCUGCGUACAGCAGUUGCUGGCCACAGAGCCGCUGAUUCAGGAGUCAGAGGCAUGCCAGGAGGCCCUGUCCCAGGGCCACAGUGGGGAACUUCCUGGCCACCCACAGAAGAUGCAGGAGGUACUGGUGGUCGUAGGAGGGCGGGCACUGGAGGAGGACGAGGAGGGUGGUGAAGAACCUAGCCGCCACACUGGGAACUUUGCCUUCUACAACACCAAGGCCAGGCAGUGGAUGGCACUCCCAGACUUCCCUGAUUACCACAAGUGGGGCUUCUCCCUGGCAGCGCUCAACAGUGAUGUCUAUGUCACAGGUGGCUCACGGGGUACCAAAACAGACACCUGGUCAACCACCCAAGCCUGGUGCUUCCCGCUGAAGGAAGCUGUCUGGAAACCUGUGGCACCCAUGCUGAAGGCCCGCACGAACCACGCCAGUACAGCCCUGAACGGAGAGAUCUAUGCCAUAGGUGGCACUGCCUUGGAUGCGGUAGAGGUGGAGCGGUAUGACCCCUACACGGACAGCUGGACUCCUGUCAGUCCAGCCCUCAAGUAUGUCAGCAACUUCUCGGCUGCCAGCUGCCAGGGACGCCUCUACCUAGUGGGCUCCAGUGCCUGCAAGUACAACAGGCUGGCUCUCCAGUGCUACACCCCUGUGACAGAUGCAUGGAGUGUGAUCGCCUCACCUUUCCUGCCCAAGUACCUGUCCUCUCCACGCUGCGCUGCCCUGAAUGGAGCCCUCUAUCUCAUUGGUGACAACACGAAGAAAGUCUACGUGUAUGACCCGGGGGCCAACCUGUGGCAGAAGGUGCAGUCUCAACACAGCCUACACGAGAACGGCGCCCUGGUCUCUCUGGGUGACGCGCUGUAUGUGACAGGCGGCCGCUGGCAGGGCAUGGACGGCGACUACCAUGUGGAGAUGGAGGCCUACGACACUGUGAGGGAUUCCUGGGCCCGCCACGGCUCCCUACCUCGUCUCUGGCUCUAUCACGGGGCCUCUACCAUCUUUCUGGACAUCUCGAAGUGGACGCAGCCCUUCAGCCCCAGUGCCGGUCAGGAGCACUAGGAAGGGAGGCGCUCCUGGGUCAGUUCUUCAUUGCUCUGCAGAAUGGCUCCUUUUGUGCUUGUCUUCCGUUCAUUGUAAGCUGCUGCCCCCUCCAGGGCUUGGGCUGGGCUCAAUAUCAGAUGUCACAGCUGAGGACACAGCUCUGGUCUCCGGUGCUACCAAACUUUGUGACCAGCGAUGAGAGUGAGACCCUGACGCUAAUGUUUGGUCGGGGAGAGAGCUCUGAAGACCUCAGAGAAGGAAGCUGAGGGAUCCUGGACUACACUCGCCAGGCAAACAGGCUCCAAAGUGUCAGCUCUUCUUGCUCUACCCAUCCAUGGUUUUGAGAGGAAGCUGCACAAAUUAGGGGUUCAAUGGGGGUACCCAGAACUCUGAGCCAGGACCUCAAGUUUGGGUGCUCACCACAGCUCUUUGACCAUGUCCACAGCUUCCUCUCUCCCCUCUUUCCUCAGAUUCCACAUUCACCCCGCAUGGGGUGACUGGAUAAAGGCCAGGUUCUCCCCAUUCCUGGCUUCUACAUGUUGGUACCGUGUUUACAGAUCUGCUUCUGGGAUGAAGGUGGCUCCUGCCCCACCAGAGGUACCUCUGACAUCAGAAGGCAGCCCCUGAGGAGACACCAGGAUGUGGUACGGGGCAGGAGAGUAAGACAGUGGAGGAUCCCCUUAGAGAGUGGCUCUCAGCCUUCCUAAUGCUGAGACCUUUUAAUACGUUCCUCAUGUUGUGCUGACCCCCCCCACACACACACCAUAAAAUUGUUUUGUUGUUUCUUCAUAACUGUAAUCUUGCUACUGUUAUAAAUUAUAAUGUAAAUAGCUGAUAUGCGACCCCGUCACCCCAGUCUUCAGGGACUUCUGGAGAUGGCCCCUGGCUAUGUCAGAAGUUCACUCCCAAUGAUCUGCUGGGAUGGGGUGGGGCUAAUAUCUGAUGGGCUCCUCUGUUGGUCGGGAUGUGAUUUGGACUUUAGUCUUACUGAGGUUGUGUGUGGCUCAAUCUCCACAUAUUCUCUGUGGUUUUUUUCCUCCCUCCCAUCUUUACUUCCUUUGUUUCUUCUCCCUCUUCCUCUCCUCCAGAACGAGGCACUAGAUUUGUAACCAAACAAUAAAGGACUCUCACUGUG